GCGUGGCCCGAGCGCCGUCGGAAGUGGCCCGCGGGGCACCAGGCAGGCCGACGGGCGUGAGCGUGUUCUGUGGCCUCCGCGCGCCGGGGACGAUCUGUGACGCCUCAGUGGUUGCCAGGGCACGGUGCGGGGAUUCGGCGUUGGGCGGCUCCUCUCUUCGAGGCGCCUCUGGUCGGGAGACGGAGGCUGCGACUGCGCCUUGGGCGGCCGUCGGGGCCGAGAACCAUGAGCCCCGGGGGUGCGGGCUGUUCCGCCAGGCUGCUGCUGACGGUUGGCUGGCUGCUGCUGGCACGCCUGCAGUCGACGUGCGGGACCAACGUCACCGCCUUCCGGGAUGCCGGCUUGGACCACGAGGGCGAGGGCGAGAACGAGGGCAAGGAGGAGGCUGAGACCGACAGUGAGGCCGAGAACGAGCCCCAGGAUGAGGCUGAGGAGGAUGUUUCAAACGGGACAAUAGUCAAAGAAGUAGAAUUUGGGAUGUGCACCGUUACAUGUGGUAUUGGUAUUAGAGAAGUUAUAUUAACCAAUGGAUGCCCUGGCGGUGAAUCCAAGUGUGUCGUCCGGGUGGAAGAGUGCCGUGGACCAGUAGAUUGUGGCUGGGGUAAGCCACUUUCAGAAAGUCUUGAAAGUGUUAGACUGGCAUGUGUUCAUAUAUCUCCUGAAAACCGUUUCAAAUAUGUUUGGAGACUUAUAAGGCCAAACCAACAAGCCAUUAUACUUCCAAACGAUUCAGCAAUCCUUGAGGUUCACAGGGACAUUCACCCCAUGGCUUACGAGUGUGAAACGCUGGAGAAUGAUGAAAUAAUAGCAUCUGUUAAAUUCACAAUCUAUACAACAGCUGAACUGCAGAUGAAAAGAUCGAACCGACCAGACACUGAUGCGGUCCUAGUUUUCGUGCUGACCAUAGGAGUUGUUAUCUGUAUAUUCGUGAUCUUUGUACUGAUCUUCAUAAUUGUAAACUGGGCGGCAGUCAAAGAUUUCUGGGGGGCAAAAGCCUCAACAACCGAGGUACAGUCUGAGCUGAGUUCAAUGAGAUACAAAGAGUCAACUUCUCUUGACCAAUCACCAACAGAAAUACCUGGACAUGAAGAGGAUGCUUUAAGUGAAUGGAAUGAAUGAUGUAUGGAUGAUGUAUAAGAAACCAAAGGAGACGAGAAUGUUAUCAGACUUAUUAUUAUCAAAAUAAAAUGUA